AAUAAAACUUUCUAAAAUACAGUCCACACUACCAUUUACAGCCCUUUCCUUAUCAGAUCUUUGCUCUCAUUAGCCCACUGCUUCACUGUACUCUUCCCCUUCCAAACGUUUUGGAUUAAAAAUCGAGCACUAUUUUCGAAAUUCGUUGUACUACUGUCGAUUUACGUAGACUAAAAAUAAGUUUGAUGUUUUCCUUUUCGUUUUUAUCUCACCAAAAUUGAUUUGUCAAAUAAAUUUUUGUCCAAAACAGCAACUUCUGAGCCAUAUAAAUUCCAACUAUUACUGCAAAUGUUUCUUACCAGAAUGGUCAGCGGUUUUAUUUGCUCCAAAAACUCCAACAAAAAUGCAAACAAUUCAAACCAUCAGCAACACCAACAACAUGGGUCUACACAACCGCAAGGUCAACACGCAAAAUCGCCGAAAUUACGUAAGAAGUCGGAGAAAGGAAAGCGUUCAUUGUCGAAAACCGAUUCGAAGAAGUCCAUAUCCGAUUUGUUGAAGACGCAAGGCAAAGAGACGGUGGAAAGACCCAGCAAUAGCAGCUGUUGUAACAGCAAUUACAAUAACGGUAGUAGUACCGGCAACGCCCACAAGGAGGCACCUAGUACUUCAAAGUCAACUAUGAAACCGCCAACCAAAGUGAAAUCGGGUAGUUGGAAGCGUUCGGAAAAACAAAUAUCCAGUUAUAAUGGCAUUUCCGCUACCGGCAAGAAAUCGAAGUCGCUACGUAAGCGUUCACCCACAUGGUUGAAAUUCCCCAACACACCGGUGAAGAUUGCCGAAAAGGUGACUUAUGUGAGUACUGCCGAUUCUACAUCAGUUUGCCGGCCAGGCACGCUCUAUUCGGAUGUGCUCUUCGGCGCCGGUUCCUCCUGCCUGGUGAAAAUCAAAACACUCACACCACGACGCACCGCGAAUACUGCACAGAAGAAGCUCACAAAAGCGCUGCUAAAGUGCAAUGGUAAUGAGAAUGAAGCCGCUUCAGCUAGUGAAACUGAGACGGAUCGUGAACACUUUCCCAGUCUAAAUGGUGGCGCAGCGUCAGCUUCCACAAGUGCGGGUGCCACUACGGUCACACCACCAGAUGGCAGUCCUCGAAAGAGUAACACACCGCUUUCGGCGGCCGGUUCACCUAUGUCUACGACGACAACAUCGAAAUCGACGGUCACCAGCACAACGAACGCUAGCAAGUCGGCGCUCAACGAUCCGGCAUUGCCGCUAGUAGUCACACUGCCCAAAUGUGAUGAUGACGCCGAUGUUGUAAUACUCUCCGAAGCGAAUGGUGUUGGUGGCGCUAUUGAGAAUGGUUUCAAUGAUGUUUCGUAUGGCAACUACUUGGAGCAACAUUUCAAGCAAAUGAACGGCACCGCUGCUACAGUGGUGGGGCCAAAGACUAUGGUUACAAAUAUAAGUGUUGCGGGGAAUGACACAUGGGAAGCCACAAAUCUAGACGCUAGCACAGUCGUACAGGCAGAUGUGGCCCUAAGUGGCUGCCUUCCACAGAUUGUCACAAAACCCUUUACCAUCGAUAUACCGCAGUGGAACUUUCUGGAUGCAGAUGUCAGCACUACGGACUUCCUAUAUCAAGACGAACACUAUCUAAAGGCGGAAAAAAUGGCAUUAUCGGGUCUGAAGUUAGCAUUGGGCAAUGGUAGCUCUAAUCCGCAGCAAGCCAAGUUCAAAUUUUGAGUAAAAAUAGCAAUACUUGUUAUAAUUUUAUUUAGUCUUAACAUUUUUAUAAUAAAUAAUAAUAUAAAUGUG